CGUCGGAACAAUCUCACCAUCACCAGCUCCCGUUUUGCUUUCAAUUCAGCCCGUUUUUUAUUUUAGAUUAUUAUUUUUACUAUUAUUCCCCGUCGCUGUUGGCUUCGAGGAUGGCGGAGAGCGAGGCAGACACGCCGAGCACGCCGAUUGAGUUUGAGAGCAAAUACUUCGAGUUUGAUGGAGUGCGGCUCCCACCCUUCUGCAGGGGGAAGAUGGAGGAGAUUGCCAACUUCUCCCUCAGAAGUAGCGACAUAUGGAUUGUCACCUACCCCAAGUCAGGUACCAGUCUGCUACAGGAGGUAGUGUAUCUCGUGAGCCAGGGAGCCGACCCCGAUGAGAUCGGCCUCAUGAACAUCGACGAGCAGCUGCCUGUUUUGGAGUAUCCUCAACCUGGCCUGGAUAUCAUACAGGAGCUGACGUCCCCCCGUCUGAUCAAAAGCCAUCUGCCCUACCGCUUCCUGCCCACAGCCAUGCACAACGGAGAGGCCAAGGUGAUCUACAUGGCGCGCAACCCUAAGGACCUGGUGGUGUCGUACUACCAGUUCCACCGCUCUCUCAGGACCAUGAGCUACCGGGGAACCUUCCAGGAGUUCUGCCGGCGCUUCAUGAACGACAAGUUGGGAUACGGCUCCUGGUUUGAACACGUUCAGGAAUUCUGGGAGCACCGUAUGGACUCCAACGUCCUCUUUUUGAAAUAUGAAGACAUGUACAAGGACUUAGCGACGUUGGUGGAGCAGCUGGCCAGGUUCCUGGGUGUUUCGUGUGAUAAGUCCCAGUUGGAGAGCAUGGUGGAGAGCUGUAACCAGCUCAUCGAGCAGUGCUGUAACUCUGAGGCUCUCUCCAUCUGCAGAGGUCGCGUGGGUCUGUGGAAGGAUAUCUUCACAGUGUCGAUGAACGACAAGUUCGAUGCAGUGUACAGACAGAAGAUGGGCAAGUCCGACCUGACCUUUGACUUUGGCCUGUGAGGAUCGCCUGAGACGCCCCCCUCUCUGCCCGUCAGCCCCCACCGCCACUGAUCAACUGCACCACAGUUGACAAACGCACGCCUCCUGCCAAGAAAGAAAAAAAAAAAAGUCACUACUUCGUCUUCAUUCAGUCAGUAAAUCAGUCACUCAAUCAGUCGCAAGAUUAAUUGUACAGUCUAACAGUGGCAUUACACUCCAAGACGUCUCCCACUUACAGUUUUCCUCCUUACUGAUCAAGUCAGCAAAUACCCACAAUCACACAUUUAUCGAUAAAUCAACAUGAAUUUAGACUUUAUUGAUAUUUCUCAAUGAAUAGUUAAACCAAACGACCCUCAGCCCUUACCUCCACAGUAUGUACCCACCGCUGCAUAUGUAUGUAUGUAUACUGAGUAGGAUUUGACCGAUAUGGGGUUUUGAAGGCCGACUGUGAUAUUUUUAGACUGAGGUAGUCGCCGAUAUUUUGUGCCGAUAUCAAAAUUCUUUAAAGUCCCCAUGAAAUGACCUCACAUGACCUCUACUUCCUGAAAAGCAGAGCAUCUUAAAUGGGUGUAAACUAAAAUCAUCUGAACCAAUAAAACCUCCGUGAAUCUUGAAACAUCCUCUCUCAUCCACCUAUCCCUUCAAAUGAAACUGUGUCUCUCUCCCAACUCUGAUUGGUUUGCAUCUGUGAAUGAUCCUUCCCUGCACCAUGUCCCGCCUAGACUUCCUGUCUCAACAGGAAAUACAACAAAUCAAGAAAGUAAGAGUCUAUUUCAUGGGGGUCUUUAAAGCGACAAUAAUUGAACUUAGAGUAAAACAUUUCGCCGUUUAAACCAUUUAGACUCAACUGAGGAAGCGUUAUGGAUGUGCACGUAAUUUAGUACUGUGGUAGGUUGGCUGGCCAAAAACUUAACCAUUAAAUUACGUUCUUAUUCUCUAUUUUUUUUUUUUUAGUUGAGUCAGUUGAGUCUAGAUGGUGUUCAUCUAAAUUGUCCUGUAAUGACGUUUUUAGGGUUAACUGCUCUUCAGACCUCUGCAUCCACUAUGUGAUAGGGAAACUCUUUAUGGGGCAAUUAAACUUAAUGUGCAGAGAAACCAUACCAAAGAACGAUGAGACAGAACCGCCAUCAUAUCGGAGGUGGAUGACCCCGACUGGUCGAGACAAUAUCGGCCUGAUAUAUUGGCAAAGCGGUACAUCGGUCUAAGUGAGUGUUGAGUGCUUUAGCGAUUCUUAUAUGCAGCAGUGGCUCCGAGCCAGGUAAAUGCAUGGAAGGUGACUGUAUGUGGAGAAGCCAAAAGCUGUACAGAGCAAACUUGUCAUGCCUAAUUCAACACAGCAGUCAGACAUCUCAUUCAGCUGGGCAAAGUGUUGUGUUGUGAUGAAGGAAUCGCUGGCCUCAUCGUUUUUGCUCACAGAGUUUUGUUAACGUGCUGUGGGAUCCUCGUUUGAGUAUGAGCUUUGUGUUUGUGAGUGUGUGUGCGUGUGUGUGUGUGUGUUAGAGAGAGCUUGUCAUGUCAUUGCUGAGCCAUAUCAUCAGAGUAACUCUCCACCAGGGUUCCCGUACUCACUUACGCCCCUUUUCCACCAAAAGAUUGAGAGGUCAAAGUUCUUGGGUCUUGUUUUUGGAAGAAGGUUCCUGGGUCAAAGCGAGGACCCAAAGCCCGAGGACAUCAAACUUAGUGGAAAUAAGCAGGAGUUGUCUAGUCAUCCUGUGCGUGACUGACAACAGUAAAACAGCUGAUGUUAUAGUCUUAAUUAUUUACCACCUUGCUGCUGUGAUGUUGCAUUCGGAUUUGGAGACGAGACAUGCGAAGGUCGAAAGUGAGAUUGAGGAUGUUGGAAAAGCUAGAGCUGAGGUUGGGUCUGGGUUCGACUCUGACCCAGGCCCUUUGCUUCAUGUCCUGCUCUGUCUCUGCCCGGUCUCCAUUGUUUCUGUGUCUAAUCAAGUCAGAAAUGUCUCAAAAAAUAAUUUAAAGUAAAAUAUUAAUACAGUGGCAUAGGCAGGAGUUCUAGGCGUUGGAGGUUGGACGCUGAAAACAGCACUGGGUGUCCAAAUUUGACGCUCAGGGACACAGUCCACAUGCGGACCCUUAUCAGGUUUAAGGCACUUUUCAAACAUGUUGCUGAAACAAAUGUCCUAAAACUGUCUUGAUACAAGCCCUCAUCUUGCCUGAAACUCUGAUGGGAUUCAUAAUAACGCUUACUAAAUAAACCCUGAUAACUGACUAAACCUAACUAAUCCACACGGUCUGUGAUCCUGAGCCUCAAAUUCGGACACCCAAAGCUACCUCUGACGUCUCGAGCUCCUGUAUUUGACGACUCAGGAGUGAGACCAUGCUGGCUUUUACGUAGAAUAAUGGAGAUCAACUGUGAUGUGGAGUGCAAUCGCAUGGUACAGACGAACGGUAUGUUUUUCUCUCAGUCGCUUGCCAAAUCUCUAGAUAGGGCGAUCUUUUAAUAAUAUGCUUGUGGUCGCCCACUAAUGUAGUCAAAAACAUAGAGGCUGAAACUUUUUGCGCUACUUGGGUUAAUCAAUCAGGGAUGUCCAGCACUAAAAAUCCACCUUGAGAGCCGCUCGGGUCUGGAAAAGUACGACCUUGAUUGCAGGCAUGGGGUCAGGAGCCGGUGGAAACAGGGCUAAGAGUCCCUGGUUCCUCAAAAGGAGACCAGCGGACAGCUCCUUUGGUGGAAAAGGGGGUUAUUUGACAUCAGAUUCAAGGACUUUUCACAGAGAUGUUUAGUGAAAGUCGAGAAAAUCAAGAAAUCCUGGUGUGGUCAUUCACUUUUAAACUGCUGCUGUAUCAACACAAAUGUCCAUCACAGCAUUUUCCUCAGGAUGUGAGGUGUUGAUUCGAGGACUCGGAGAAUGAGAGAAAGAGAGAGAGAGAGAGAGAGAGAGAGAGGCGUACUGAUGAAUUCGGGUGCUAUAUUUUAAUUAAAAAAAAAAAAAGGCCCUUCAUUCCUUUUGAGAAACGUUCAAGGCCUUAUCUUCUCAAAUACACAUACUUUCAAGGAUUUUUCCAGACCUGUCAGGAACCUGCCACCUCCUGUGUGUAUAACCACUGUCGUCUGCGGUGGCUGGUGUUGUUUCAGGUCAGUCUCUCUCUCUUCUCCCCAGAAAUGUCAGGUUUCAGCUGCAGGAGAGGGCGGAGUGUGAACUCCCUACCAGCAUUAUCUGUAUUCUCCAACAUCUACUGUAGUGUCACGACACCACUGGCAGUAUCUGGAAUUGCAUAAUUAACCGGAAGCAUCAACGCAGCACUUAACAAACCCCGAUAUAGAGAGAGGGUCACGUCUUUCCCAUAUUGCCCAGAGCUUGUUUUCCCUGCGCUUCUUCUUCCUCCUCCUCCUCUUCCUCUGGUUCCACACACACAGUCCGGUCCCUGUGCUCUGCCAGACACUUGUGAAUGUCUCUAUUGUGUGGAUGUAAACGACAAACCUCAGCAGACGCGCGUCACACAGGCUCUUAACCCUGCCACAGGUUUUACGACUGCUCCUCCUCUCAUUGUUCUUUCAAAGUGUCACUCUGUUUACAACCGUCGGCAAGGCUUUCGACUGCCCCAUCUCUACAUGCAGGUGUUUUAUAGUUUGUUUGGGUUUUAUACAUGCCUCUUUCUUUCUUUUUCCUUUUUUUCUGGACAUCUUGCAUUGUAUUUUACAUGCUUUGCUUGCUGGUUUAUUAAUAAAGUUGUGUCUUCAGGCAGUG